AUGGAGAAAUAUUACAGCUUGUCGUGUUCCUGCAAUUAUAGUUUUGGGAUGCUUCAUCAUCUCAAAGGCGAUGGCUUUCCUGGUUCUGCACAAGGAGAGGGAUGGGUUGUGGGUUGUGGGUUGUGGGUUGUGGGUUGUGGGGAGGGAGGAGGGAGGAGGACAGAGAAGGAAGGGAUGGAUUUGGUGCGACAUGGGGGAGAAGUAAUUAAAAAACCUAGGUGCACAAAAUUACUAAAAUAUCCCUAUCACGUCAUCGAACUUAACGGACUUUUGGAGGGAGUUAACGAUAGGGACAAUGUGGAAUAUCAAACCUUGGUCAAUGGGGCAAAGUGGGUCACUUUAACUUUCAGGGGGUAA